CUGUCCCUUCAAGAACGACGUCAACGUAACAAAACAGCAUCAGCAAAAUACAGAGCAAAGAAAAAUCAACAGCAUCACGAUAUGAGAUCAAUGAUUCAUUCUUUGACAAAAGAAAAUGAUGUUCUCCUUCGGCAGUUGGAACAAGUCAAAAUGGAAAAUCAACAAUUGAAAUCCACCUGUGAUAAGUUACGAAGUAAGAUGAUGGCUGAG